AUGGUGUCGAUCGGCAAAGACUCUACGGAGAGCUGCCUUAUAUACCAAGCUUUCUACGUCGCAGAAGAAAGUACUAACAUCAAAUGUAGGUCUGAAGUCCGACUAACGGGACUCUGUGAACGAUGCCAGAGCGACGAUCUUGAAGGAUUUCUUCUCGGAAAAUAUGAAUGUCCGGAAACCCCCGAGUCCGAGCUUUACUAUGAGACCGGAUCUCUCAGGAGCGACUGUAUCUGCUGCGUCCAGAUUGCUUCGCUUGUGAAUAAGUCAACAGUAGGAUACACCGAGAACGGUUCACCCAAAAGACCCAAUGCAUACUUCAUUGGGAGACGAGGUUUGAAGAACCGUUCCUUGUCUAUCCGCAUUCCUGGCCAUUCUGUCCAUGAAUGGUGGACGGGGGAAGUUCAUUCUUCUCCGAUACAUCCCUUGCCGCAUCGAUCUUCAAGAAGUACUGAGGUGGUCGGAAUAGAGACUAUACGAUAUAAGCGCAUCAAGCGUUGGGUAAAAGAUUGUGAGACUUAUCACCGUCACACCUGCUGGCACUCAUACCCGGAGUGGAAAGUGAGCACGAUUACAGUCAUUGACUGCAACUCGAAGAGUUUGAUCGAUAUCCGGUCGGAUCAACGCUACAUUGCAUUAAGCUAUAUCUGGGGUAGCAAUACACAUGAAGCGUUGCACUACCAAAGGGACUUACCUGACCGCCUUCCCAGAACCAUUGCUGAUGCCAUCCAAGUCGCGCUUAAUCUUAAAAUCUUUUACCUCUGGAUUGACAAAUACUGUAUUGACCAACAUGACUAUGAAGGUAAGGAGCGACUCAUCCGGCACAUGGACCGAAUCUACACCGAUGCCUUCCUGACUAUCGUUGCAUCUGCUGGCGAUGGACCGCACCAUGGGCUGCCUGGCGUCAGUCUCACCCCACGUUCGCCAGUCGACCGCACGAUCCUUGGCCAGUGUACGCUCGUCAACCCAUAUGAAACGCGCGCCCACAUUGAAAAGUCUCUCUGGAACGCUCGAGGAUGGACAUACCAAGAAGCAAUGCUGUCUUGUCGUCGACUUGUCUUCACGCAGUCCCAGACUUACUUUCAGUGUCAACUUGUAGCCUCCUUGGAGAGCGUCACACUUGCUUCACGAGAUCUGUUUAUCGGAAAAGUUUUCUCCAACAUCAGUAAGAAUUCCUUCGAAGUAUACUCCUGCAUUGAGCAUUUCUGGCAUCGGCAGUUAUCCUUCGACAGCGACAGGCUUAACGCAAUACAAGGCAUAUUCACCGCACUUGAAGGGGUGGAA